AUGGGAGAGGCUGCAUGCAAGAUCGACGUGAUUCUUGGCCAUAUUAUCGAAGAUCACGAGGCCAAGCACGAAAGUGCCAUCGAUGAUGAGAAUAAGACACGAGCAAGGGAAGAUUUAGUCGAUGUUUUCUUAAACCUGCAGAAGACCAGCGACCUCAAGUUUGUCGUCACAAUGGAUGUCAUGAAAAAUGUUAUCAUCGAAAUCUUCUUGGCGGGAACAGACUCAUCCUCCACGACAAUCGACUGGGCAAUGUCGGAGAUACUGCAAAACCCAAGGGUGAUGCAGAAGGCCCAACAAGAGGAAAUUGGUGACGGCACGAAAUCGCCCCAAGAACUUGACAUUGAGGAGGCUUAUGGGAUCACUACACGGAGGAAGAACCCUCUGACCGUGAUUGCGAAAACCCGCAUUAAGUUCUCCGACUAA